AUGCUGCACAAUCCGACGCAGCAGCAGUCAAGGAAUAUCCUCAUCCUCGGUGCAACGGGGGUGAUAGGGACCUAUAUCACACGAGCAAUUGUCGAUGCGAAGGAACAGUUUGAGCGAGUAUGCAUAUACACGAGCAACAGGACGCUGAUGGAGAAGAUGGGGGAUAUUGCUGCGCUGGAGGAUUGGGGCGUGGAGAUAUUUACGGGUCGAUUGGAAAGUGAACGGUCUUUCAAGAGGGCAUGCGAAGGUAUCGAUACGAUCGUCUCUUGCGUCGGCCGUGGUGGCAUUGAGAAACAGAUCCAAUUGAUCACUUGGGCGGAACAAGUGGGUAUUCGUCGAUUCUUUCCCUCCGAAUAUGGAACCGAUAUCGAGUAUUGGCCCGAGUCCGCGCAAGAGCCGCCUCACCAGUUGAAGCUGAAAGUCCGGGCUCAUAUGAAGACGAUGAAGAGAUUGGAACAUACGUACCUGGUGACUGGUCCAUACAGCGAUCUAUACUUUGGCAUGAUGAAAGCGAGACCCGAAUUGGGCGAGUUCGAUGUCAAGGAGAGAAAGGCAGUUUUACUAGGAGACGGAGAAGGGCCCGUCAGUUUCACUGCCAUGGCUGAUGUUGGGAAAUUCGUCGUUGCAGCCCUCAUUAAUAAUGCCGCAUCGAGGAAUACGACGUUAAUUGUGCAUUCAUUUACGGCCACACCACACGAGAUCCUGGCCGAGUUCGAACGUCAAACUGGGUGCAAGUGGGAGAAAUCUUACACAUCAGCGGAGCGACUAAGAGAGAUGGAGAAGGAGGAGUAUCAAAUCUAUUCGGCUUUGGCAACAGUUGUCACGUUACGGCGCAUAUGGACCGAGGGAGGAACAUUGUACAAAUUUUACGACGAGGGCAUUCUGGGCCAGAUCGAGAGUGAGACACUCAAGAGUCAGGUUGCCGCUAAUAUCUUGAAACAAAAUGACGGAGAAGGUCAUUUCCCGAGUCUGAUGAGGAAAUUGAGCCUGCAAUGA